GGAAGAGAGGCGGAUGGUUUCAUGGGGAACUUCGGAAGCGGGAGGGGCUUAAGGCGCGAAGGAGGCUUUGGCGAGGCUGAGUUAAAGGCUGCCGAAGGACCCAGGCGUCCGAGCAUCCGUCGCUCUUCCCCUACCCCCCUCCGCGGGAGCAGGCUUCCUGCGUGUUUGCACAUGUCGAAAACCCGGCCGGGGUUGCUUGGAUACACGAUCCGAUGAGGUGCAGUUGCCCGCGAGGCAUCUUGCUGGGAAAACUGUCAGUUGAGGCGAGAACCAGGAAUCAGAGGUCCACUGAAUGGAGUUGUGGAUUGUGUCCAUAUCUUGGUAACUGAUUCUUACUGGUGGCUGGACAGAUUUCCCUCAUGCCGCUUGGACUAGGCCGUCGAAAGAAGGCCUCCCCUUUGAUGGAAAAUGAGGAAGCUGAGCCCAUCCGCAGUAGCCUGGGUGGGAUGGGGGUUGGAGGUGUGGGUAGUGUGGCAGCACUUCAGCCUGGACUCCCCCCUCCACCAGCCAGCCUCCGUCCUCGUCUUGUAUUCCACACCCAGCUAGCCCAUGGAAGUCCUACUGGCCGGAUCGAGGGCUUUACUAAUGUCAAGGAACUUUACAACAAAAUUGCAGAGGCCUUUAAAAUAUCCUCAACUGAAGUGAUGUUCUGCACUUUAAAUACCCACAAAGUGGACAUGGACAAGUUAUUGGGUGGUCAGAUUGGCCUGGAAGAUUUUAUCUUUGCCCACACAAAGGGCCAGAGGAAAGAAGUGGAAGUGUUCAAAUCUGAGGAGGCCCUGGGUCUGACUAUCACAGACAAUGGUGCUGGCUAUGCUUUCAUCAAGAGAAUCAAGGAAGGGAGUGUUAUUGACCGAAUCCAAAUUAUCAAUGUUGGGGAUAUGAUUGAGUCCAUCAAUGGUCAAAGUCUCAUUGGCUGCCGGCAUUAUGAGGUUGCAAAAAUGCUCAAGGAUUUACCCAAAGGUCGCACUUUCACUCUGAAGCUGACUGAACCCCGAAAGGCUUUUGACAUGAUCAGUCAGAGGUCCAAAGGAGGCAAAAACAGUGGAUGUGCUCAACUUGGCACAGGAAGGGGCACUCUGCGUCUUCGGGCCAAGGGACCAGCCACUGUGGAAGAGCAGCCUUCUGCAUUUGAGGAAAAGGCCAUUGAGAAGGUUGACGAUCUUCUGGAGAGCUACAUGGGUAUCCGUGACACAGAGCUAGCUGCUACCAUGGUGGAGUUGGGCAAGGACAAGCAGAAUCCUGAUGAAUUUGCAGAGGCAUUGGAUGAGCAGCUGGGUGAUUUUGCUUUCCCAGAUGAGUUUGUCUUUGACGUCUGGGGAAGUAUUGGAGAUGCCAAGGUUGGGCGCUACUAGAACUGUAAACUUGCUGGACCCCACCCACAGAACCUAUGGACAGACCAGUGGUGAAUCUGGCACACUGCAGCGCCCUUCCCUUGAUCCUGGGCCCACUUAUGGGAGGGAUCCUAGAGCAAUAAGUAAUCUGCAUUAUUGACUGGAGUGUAAUGUGAACUGGGGGCAGAAUUUCUGCUGCUGCUGCUUGUUUCCAGCCCCCUCUUGUUGGAGAUUCCCUCAGCCCUGGGUACAACCAAGCCAUUCAGUUUGCUGUGUUUCCUUGUCUGAGCUAGGUGCUACCAGUUGCUUCAUACAGUUUGCUAUUCUUAGAGAGGUAUGGCUGCUGCGUGUUGGAUUUCUAAGCUUAUUCUGGUUUGAGAGAGAUCAUAACUGAAAUAUUGGUUCAAGUUUAGAUGGAUGACAAACAGUUUUCUUUGAGAAUCAGAUACUCACACGGGAGCUGAAUGAAAUAGGGAUGGACAGAGUUGGCUUUUUCAGCUCUAAUAAAACCUUGAGAGAAGUGGGAUUUCAGUAAAACUCCUAGUUCUGCAUAUUUGCUCUGAGCAGGUUGGUGCCUAAGGAGACACACUCCCUGGUUCUUCUGAAAGCUUGACCACCCUUUACCAGUCCACCUGUCAUCUGUGUUGGUACAAGACACAUACAGACAGCCCCUCCUAUUUGGGAGCAUCUCACUUGUCCCCUUGAUCCUUGUAACUUAAACAUUAGGUAGAACAUGCAACAGUGAUGCUUCUGCUCGAGGUUAGCACAAGCUGGGUUAGGAAAUAAUUUUCUCUCCAUCCCUUUACCAACAUGUAUUCGAUGUGUCCAAGGAGAGAUCAGUUGUUAAACAGCUUCCAACUGUGAAGUACAACUGCUGAUAUCAAUUGCUGAAUUCGGAUCUGUUCUGAUCAGUGGCCUCAAAUGUUAUGACUGGGAAGUAAUUCACAGCAUAGUCAACAGCUAUAGAGAACAUGUAUAGCACAUACAUGUAACAUCUAACCAGAGUACCUGCUUCCAUGGAUAGGUCUGGCACGUUCUGCUGUUUGAAUGUUACUCUCUCAGAACCACAUGCGGUUUUCAGCCUUAUCCACCCUGCCCGUUUUAGUUCUAUAUCUGGGCUUUUAAUCCCUGCCAACUCGUGAUGUGUGGACAGUACAAAGGUUAUUAUGUGUGUUUUCUCUUCUAGGGGAUGGGACUGUACUGAAUCACUAGAUCAGUGGCAUUUUCUCCUCCACCCCACUAUUCCUAGGGAUAUUCUCCUUUUAGGCUGGCUAUAGCAAGCUCCUCUUUUCAAAGUACUUUUUUUCAAAAUUUGGGGGACUCUUUCCAGGAGGAGGGGCAGCAGCAGGAGUCCCUUGUUGUCUAGGUAUGGGCAUACCCUUCUUAAUGUCUGUCUUGACUAAUUUUGUCCUGCUGACCUACCUCCUAGGGUUGGCCCAGUUAAUGCCUGUAAUGCUUCCCUCUUGUUAUUUAUAUUCUUUCACUCAUGUGCUCAUUCUCAAAUACUGGGCCUCUCCCCUGUGCCACAAUCCAUUACUGUAAUUCCCCAGUAGUUGAGAAGACUUCUUCACUUACAUCUUACAGCCUCAGCUCACCUACUGUAUCUCUAAAACACUAAUUCCAGGUAGGAUAUGGAGCUUGCGGACCACUGGAUCAUACCUCAAGCGCAGAGAGAGUGAGGCUUCUGCUAAGCCUUGCUGUUUCCUGUGUCCUGGCACUGGAAACCUCUUAGGGAGACCAGGCACCAUGUCCUCCUUGGACAUAUUUUUGUAUUCUGCAAGUAAAUUGUCUUUAAGAUAAAAUAUAUCAAUACUAUUAAAUUGUGUGUGCAUGCUGGUGUGUUUAGAGCUAUUAAUUACAGUUAAUGAACUGAUAAGGGAAAGAAGGGAAUGAGCCUGUGGAAGGGGUUGGAGAAUCUGCAUUACAUAUUAGGGGGCAGGGGGGAACAUAUCCAGAGCAAUAUUGAAGAAACCAUCUGUAGCCUACAAGAUUUUGUCUUAUUUUAGCUUCUUUUGCUGUGUGCCCUUGAAAAACUUUACUGCCCAUUAAUUCUCUUAAGCUUUGGAUAUUUCCCUCCAGACCUGUGCCCUGCCACAGCUGCAGUUUAGAAAGGAUGUGCAUGGGAUGACAGCAGUAGUCUACCUCUCGAGUUGGCAUACAUUCUGCUCACUCUGCUCUUGCGGAGCAGUCUAGAUAGCUGGAAAAGGUCCUAUACGUGAAGCUGAACCAGACGAUAAGCUGCAUGGAGCCAGCAGUUUCAUUUUAAUAGGCACUCAGGGAUUCUGCAAUGACUGCUGAACUGGAUGUCUAGUUCAGUGCAGUGGACGUGUGAUAUUUGAAAGAUAGUUUCUUCACAUCCCUCCAUUAUUAAUUCUCACUAUCAUGGACUCAAACAUUAAAGUUACUAGAAGUGUUCUGAGGAAUCUUUAAAAAUCUUUUAGAAUGCUGUCUGUCUUUAAAUAGACAUUCUAAAAGGGAAGCACUCACCCCAAAAGCUUUCAGAGCUGCUUUACAAAGAGCAGUAGCAUCAUUCCAGUAGGCUGGUGAAAAUGAGUGCUAAUGAUGAUGGCCCAAAUCAACUGGCCCCCACAAUCAAAAGGAAAGAAUAGCACUGCUUCUCCCUCUUUUCUGCAUCCUUUUUAAAUGGCUUCUGUUAGAUGGCAUUCACAUCUCCAGCUUCUUUGCUGUGGCCAGUCACUGUCCCAUAGCAGCUACAGUGCAGAUGGAUGUUGGGCUUUGUCUCAAAUGCUUCUGCCAGCAUUUGAGUGGGACUAUCAUAGCUGUGUCUUUGAGAAGCACAUAGCAGGAAUAAACAUACUGCGUUGCCAAUGAGAUCUGGGCUAGGAAAUAGGAUAGCUUCCCCCCAUGGGAGAUAAAGUACAAACAAUGAGGUGGGAAGAGUCUGUUCAUCUGUAUCAGGAUGCACAAGAUGAGAUGGAAUUCAGGUCUGAUCUGAGAUUCAUUAGGCUCAUGUGCCAGUUGGAAGGGGGCUAGCACAGUAGAGGAAGGCUGGGGGCACCAGUGCUCCUAGCCUGCUUCUGAAAACAGAAGGGGGAAAAAAACUCUUGUCUUUCACUCUUCAGAGGCAGCUUUUCCCCCUAUCAUUUAAAGUCACUAGACUCCAAAAAGUCUGUUCCAAGCUAAUCCCAUACACUAAAGUAUUUGGCAUGGUGCUCAUCAAACUUGCCUGAUACACAUCUUGAUUUUGCUUUAUUUGCCAUUCACUUGGAUUCCAUUUAAAUUUAUGUAUAAAAGCCAAAUUUGAAGACUACUGGAAAGUCAUGGAACUGUCAGUUGUUACAGGUUGUGUUAGAAUUAGCCUGCUCUCCUCACUCAAAAACCAAGGAUUCCCUGCACAGAUGCAUGUUGGUAAAAAUGGCCUUGCUCCAGCUUAAGUAGCUCUUUCUGAGAUGGGCUUAAUCCUCAUGAACAGUCCUUGUCACACACUUCACAGCACUGUCUUGGUUGAUAUUUAGCCAGAUGAUAAGUGGGUACCAGCUGUUCCAAUGGGCUUCCUAGAAAUGAAAACUUUGAUUUUUCUUGCAGGAGUCCAAAACUGACAGAUGGCUUCUGGCAGCUUUUGGUCUGGAGGUACUGUUGAAUAGCCUCUCCACAGGUAUUAGACUCCCGUACAAUCCCCAUCACGCUCAGCCUGUUGGAUGUGAAUUAUAGAAUUGGAGGGGGCCGGAGUUGGAAAGGCUGAGUCUAAUGAUGUGAGAUUCUUUAAUGACUACAAUCUUUUCCAGAAGGGCAACUGUUUUAGUCUCUGAUAUGAAAAAAAGUCUAGUGGCACCUUAAAAAAUUGCAGAAUAUAACGUACAGUAAGUCUUUUUGGGUCAUAGCUCACUUCCCACUUUUACUUUCACCAUUCCCCCCUUGGGCUCCCUUGUCCCAAACAGCACCUCUGUGAUGCUCUCGCAGAACUGAACUCUAUGCGUCUGAUGAUGUAAACUAGGAAGCAUGACAGCUUAGACAGUAAUAGGCACAUUAAUCUUUAAAAUGCAACGAAACUGUUAGAAGAGUUUUUAAAGGUUAGAUGAGUAUCUCUGCUGAUAAAAGACUCUGGCAUUCUGGUUCCAUCUGUGGCCAGGGUAGACGCACAUGGACAUUCUACUAAAUCAUGGAGGCAACCCAUAUUCUGAAGGAUAUAUUUUUCAUGAGGCUGGGGUGGGAAGCGCAGAGCAAAUUCCAGUUAGUCUCAUGACUUGGAGCCUUUUUUUUUUUUUAAUUGGCAGCAGCCUGUAGUACUCUUGUAUGAUGAUGAAUUCCACAGUUUAAUCUUGCUUUGUACAAGGUAGCAGCAGCAGCAACUUUGAUUUGUCCUCAGACUAUUGCUUCCACAAUAGUGCAGGGCAGAGUUUAGGAUUCAGUGGAAACCUGGUACAAUUUAUGAUAGGUCAGCAGUAUCCAUUCAUAUACCACUUGCAAGCCAUAUAGCUUGGGGAUGUGAAGGCAAGGAAUCACUGCAAUGUAACAUUGAGCAUUGGGUGGAAAACAUUUCCUUGUAGACACCCAGCCAGCUUGGAAGAGAUUGACAGAUCCUGCGUGAUAACUGAGUCACUGUGCACAUUCCUAGUGAUUUUUUAAAAGUCUCUCAUAUAGAUAACCUCUAAAUGCCAGACAAACACAUAACUCAGCUAACAUAGAAUCCAAUCCAGAUGUACACAGCAGUUGCCUGACUUACAGUCUCCCAGCUGGAACUGGCUAGCAACCUGCUCACAAUUUCUGCCUGCUCUAUUGAGUUACCUUUCCCAUUCCCAAAAUCUGCCUCCAUUCUUAUUUUUCAACAGCCUGUUGAAAUAAGUAAUUUGAGCACUAGGCAUUCUGUUCCCUUGUGGAUAAAUGCAAUGUAUGGAUUUGAUAAUUUGAUGAUCAUGAAAACAAACAGCACCACUGUCAGUGAAACCCUUACAGGUUACACAUAAGGAAACUGGUUCUAAGAACUUCUGACGUUUGAUUCUUCUACCUGAUCUUUUCUUUCUUAAGAUGCUAAUAUUUUCAAAAAAUAAGAGCAGGUAACAUUUGUAAAAUCAGCAAAGGACUAACUGAAAUACAAAUGAGAAGUCCUUCAAAAUGGGGAAUGCUUGAGGAGGUACAAUUUGUCUCUCACAAAACAGUGCCUGUGGUAGCCAGCCUAUCAUGCAAAAGAUUGACAUAAUUCACCUGCUCCAGUUGAAUUCUUGCCUUAUAAGUAUAAACAUCAUUGAGUCAGAUGAACCUAUAUUUAUAUAACAGCAUUCAGGGUUCCUGAUGAGAUUGCUCACCAUCAACAUUAAGUUCCAGCAGAACUUCAAUCAUCAGCAUCUUCAGCUUGCUAAGACUUUCAGAGAGUGGAUGUAUACAUCCAUAACAAUAUCUCUGCAGAGAAAAAUGGGUUUUUGAAUCCUUCCUUGGAAAAGAUGAUCACAAGUUAAACCAAAUCUUCAUCUGCAUCUGGGAGUAGUAAUACUGACCAUUCUUGCCACAAGUAGAACAGAAGUCAGGUUGAAAAGAUCAUGUGCUGUGUUCACAAUGCUUAUGUCAAUGGGCCCAGACUAUGGCUUUUGCCAUACAGUAUGCAGGAAAAAGCACGGAUAGCAGAUUCCUAACUAAUGCAGACAUUGACCACCAGAUGGGGCCACUAGGCACAUUUCAACAAUAAGGUAUUAAGCCGAACACUGUACAGAUCUGGCACAAAGCACAUUUAACACCUGAAUAGUAAGCCUGUUUGCACAAGUCACGAAGGAACUGCCUUCCCCUGGGGCAAUCUCAUAUUCAAAGCUAAUACAGUACUAAUUUAAAUUCUUGUAGCUCUAGUGCAGCCUGUUUAUUCUGUAUUAGACAAACUGAUCUUGGAGCAGACUUUGAACUGGGUACUAGCUGCUGUACGCUCUUCCUAAUAAUUCAGGGUGAAAUCCUGUAUCUACUUACCUUAUAAUCUCUAAGGGGCUAAGUAGGACUGACUACACAUUACCCAAUUUAGUAAUAUGCUGUUUGGUCAAUUUUUCAGUUCUGUUAAGAAUGUGGGUAUCCUUAAACAAGGAAGUAACCCUGGUUCUCCAUCUAGAUUUAGAUUAGGGAACCCCCAACCUAUAUGCAACUCCCCCAGUCCCCUGAAAUAGCCCCACCAAAAUGAGAUGCCAAAGUGGUUGAAGUUUGGUUGAACUAUUUUUCCUUCAAUCCCACCCCCAAAAAUAAGGAUAGAAUGGGAGUAUGAGAAUUGAUCCUAUUCCCACCCUUAAAAUCUAUCCAACUCUCCUAAAAUUGUCAGAAGGUAAACUAGCCAAACUUAGCAGUGCUAAAAUGCUUUCAGCCCAUUUUCCAGGAGGUGGCAAGUAGGGUUAAUGGUGGGAACAAGAGCAGUAGGCCUUGGGGAUAUGAAGAGUUUCUAUUCCUAACCUCCCCCGCCAAAAAAAAAAAA